AGAGGCAUGACUUCACAUUACCAACAAGUAGCAUUGAAAUACACAUGUAAAGUACAUGAGCUCCGCACUGAUAAUAUGAAGUAGGGUGUAUGAACAGAGAAGAAAGAAAUUUUGAGAUGAAGUCUGUAACUUUGUAUGAUUUAUUCGAAUGCGCAGUAAAAAAGUAUUCCACCAACCCUGCUGUUUGUUUUAAAACUGCAUCUUGCACAACAAUUGCUUCAUAUGAAGAUGUGUUUAGCGAAUGUGAGAAAGUUUAUGAAACUCUGAAAGAGUUUCGUGUUACGUGUAUGUUUGUUGGUGUCUGUAUGGACCAGACUUUUUGUCUGCCGACUGUGUUUCUUGGGAUACUCCGUAAUGGCUCAGCAUUUACAUAUUUGAAUCCAGAAUAUCAAAAUAGAAAUGUAGAUAUUCUGAGAGACUUGAACAUUCGUUGGAUCUUUUCUGAAUCAGAUGUACAUAGUUGUUGGACAUUUCGCAAAUAUAUCUCAAUUCAUGGAUGUACCAUUGUGCUUUGGGAAAAUAAUGUAGAAACUUCAUCAUCUGUAGAAGAUGGAUGUAACCAAGAUGAGUGGAGAAUGGCAUACACAAUCCAGACAUCAGGAACAACUGGACACCCAAAGAUAGUUAGAGUACCUCACAGGUGCAUUGUGCCCAACAUCCAGAGUCUUCAGUCUGUUUUGUCUGUUAAGUCAAGUGAUGUGGUAUUUCUUGCUUCACCCUUCACAUUUGACCCAAGUGUUGUUGAACUUUUUCUGGCUUUGUCUACUGGAGCGUUGCUUCUUAUAGUGACUCACACUUUGAAGUCAUCACCACAUCUGCUGUUAAAGGUAUUAUUUUCUGACACCAAACAUGGAGUAACAGUUCUUGAAGCAACUCCAUCAUUUGUUAUGCGAUGGUCCAUGGAAGAGAUACAAAGCACACUUCUUUGUAAGAAAUCUUCAUUGCGUGUUUUAGUGCUUGGUGGUGAAUCAUGCCCUUCAAAGCAGGUGUUAAGACAGUGGAAGUCAAAAGAAAAUAAUACAGAGAUCUUUAAUAUCUAUGGAAUUACUGAAGUGUCAUGCUGGGCAACAGUUCACAAAGUAGUGUUUCAGGAUGAAGCACAGUCAUUUGAUCAUAAUAUCCGUGAGAGACAAGUUUCAAACCAGCAGAAUGCCGUGCCACUAGGGAAUGCAUUGUCUCAUACUUUACUUAAAGUCAAGGAUAAUUUAGGUGAAGAAAUCUUCAAUGGAGAAGGGGAAUUGUACAUAGGUAGCGUGGAAAGAGUUUGUCUUACUGACAAUGAAAUUGUGCAAAACUUGCAUUUUCCACUUUACAGAGCAACUGGAGAUAUUGUGAAAGUUGAUGGUUGCAGCAGGAGACUGUUUUAUGUUGGGCGUAAGGACAAUAUUAUUAAGAGGUUUGGUCAUAAAGUGAGCAUGGAUAAUGUACAGCAAGUUGCAUCUGCUAAUGGGUCCAUAGAACAGAGUUGCUGUGUGUGGGAAGAACAUAUUAAGAAGCUUGGAUUAUUUGUAAAGUUAGAGGAAAGCAAGGCAGAUGACCAGCAUUUCCUCAGAGCAUUGAAGUUUUAUUUAAUGAAACAUCUGCAUCCAUCUUCCAUUCCAGAUGUGAUCAUGAAGCUGAAAUGUUUUCCACUUUCUCAUCAUGGGAAGCUAGAUCAUUGCAAGCUGAAGUGCUUAUUAAAAGACCAAGUUCAGAAAGACGUGACAAGACUGAGUAGACUGGAAGAUGUUUGUCAAGUGUUUGCAUCAUUGUGGUCAUAUCAUCUUUGUAUGGAAUCAUAUCCAAAUCCACAUGAUAAUUUUUUACGAGCUGGAGGAAAUUCAUUUCUUGCAUUGCAGCUAGUGUCUGAACUGGAAGAAGUUUCAGGUUCAUCUGCACCUACCAGUCUUGUUGGAUCACUUCUUGGGGGCUCCACAUUUGAAGAGUGUUGUGCAUAUUUGAGUUCUCCAUGUCAGAGGGAAUUAGGAAGAAGUUCUGUCGUCGCAUCAAAACAGCAUCUCGAAGAAUACAAAUACAGAAAGAGGUUAAGCAAUUUUGAGAGCUGUGACUCAGUGAAAUGUUUAAAGUUUGAACAAGUUGAAAUUAGUGCCAUUGGAAGUACUGAGAUGGAAGACUUCAAUAAAAAUGCUGUGCUUGUCUCAGGGUGUCGAGGUAAAACUGAAGGAUUUGGAACAUGGACAGAGGCUUGUGUCUUUCAUACCCAUAACAACAUUCAGCUUGAAGUGAGAUGGAAGUACAACCUAGGAAAAUGUGUGGAUGCAUCCCCACGUUUCCUUAAAUACAAAAGUGGUGAUGAGAGAGUACUAACUGGAUCCCACUCACAUGUAUUUGCCAUCGUUGACAGCAGAACAGCAGAAUUGAUUGCAGAGUGCAACUUGAUGGACCGAAUUGAGUCUUCUUUGUGUGCCUCUCCUUGUGGGAAGUUUGGAAUUGUAGGCAGCUACAAUGGAUGUGUAUACUGCAUUGACUUACAUACUGGUGUUACUAAGUGGAGUUUUCAUACAAAAGGGCUGGUGAAGAGUUCUGCAGCACUUUGUUUGAAUGGUUCUGCAGUUGUAGUGGGAUCAUAUGACCAGUUUCUGUAUUGCAUUAAUAUUUUGGAUGGCCACUUGAUUUGGUCAGUAGAACUUGGAGCUGGCAGUAUCUAUUCUUCUCCCUGUGUUGCCAGAGCUGUAUUUGCAGCUGCAUUGGAUGGUACAUGUUCUUCUCUUGCUGAGAACGAUGGUCACCUCCUUUGGAAGUGUAAAUUCAACAGUCCAGUGUUUUCAUCACCGGCAGUGAUACAAGAUGAAAGUGCAGUUCUUUUUGCUGAAGUUUCAGGA